AUGUCGUCCGAAAAGGCCCGCGACAAGAUCCCUGCGGCAAUCAAGAGGCCCACCAAGAAAAAGCCCAAGGAUAAACCCAAGAGGCCGUUGUCAGCCUACAACUACUUCUUUAAAGAGGAACGUCAAAAGAUCCUGAAGUAUGUCUUGGCGGAAGAUCCCUCCGUUGUGGAGAACGACCCCAACAGCGAUGACUACAUUGACGAUGCCAUGUUCAAGCGCCUCAAAAAAGAGGGCAACAAGGUUUCAUUCGAUGAAAUGGGCAAAAUCAUCGGUGCCCGUUGGAAAAACAUUGACCCCGACCGUCUAGCCAAAUAUUCCGAAUUGGCCAGUGAAGAUGCCGAAAGGUACAAGAAGGAAAUGAAAUCCUACAACAGUCGCCAAGAAGCCAAGAUGCGUUCCGAAGCCGUCAAACCGCCGUCAUCGACUGCGUAUUCCCACGGCGGUUCGCCGGGGCGAGGUGCCAGCCGUCCCGAAAUGGCGGCUCCCGCAGGUCCCCACGGCAUGGACCCCAGGGCAGCGCAUGGCUACGACAUGCAGUCGGCCUUUGGCAACCCCGCCAUGGCCGGAGGUUACGGGUACGGGAUGGAUGCCUAUGGCUACGGGAUGGGAGCUUCCAUGUACGGAUAUGCUGGGUAUCCUCCAAUGGCAGGAAGUCCGGAGCAAAUGUACGCACAGGGUGGCAUGUACCCGCAGCAAAUGUACGGUCAAUACCAGCAGAUGCCGCCGGGUUACGACCAGGGAUACGGCUACCCGGUGGACCAGUACGGGCAGCCGUAUCCUCCUCAGGGGUACGGUGCUCCCUAA